AUGAAGCCCGGACCAGACGCUGACGACGUAGGAGCUACGGAGUUGUGGUGCAAGGAGCUUUGCUCAACCUUCAGCAAAAAACAUGCAAUCAGAGUGAAGAGAUCAAGCUCUCUUUCCGAGCUUCCGAGCCCUCGUGCUCGUACGACUUGGACGAUGGUUUGCAGCGGCAGCGGCAGCGGACUGGACAUGAAUCCCAAGACUCAACAAGACCUGGCAGUGUACUUGCCAAAUCGGUUGAUCUCUAGGCAUGCAAGCGAUUGUGAAUGGGCAUCAUGGUUUGGACGUUUCGCUCUCGGAUUCCAUGACGACACGAGCACCUCGUGGCCAUCCUGCACGCUGGAGCAAGAAAGCGGCACGGUGCCUUGA